AACAAUCAACACCAGAACAUUCACUCUCUUAUCCCCCUGUGACCGAUACAUCAUUAAGGGACCAAUCAUCUGUUUAUGCUUCUCCUUUACCGUCACCCGUUGAUCAAAGAAGCAUUUUCUCUGUUCAACAGCAUCAAGAAGAAUCAUUUGUCGAAAAUCCAUUCUUGAUGAUUUUAGAAUCUAAUUUCGACCUAAUGAAUAAUAGUAUUAAUAAUGAUUUUCCAGCGGAUCUUGCGAAUGUUCAUUUUACAUCGUUGGGGACACCGACAUUGAAUAACUCGUGGUUACCUUUUAGUCAAUUUCAUGGACACAUGAAUCAAGCACCACCACUAACACCAACUACACCUAUAGGAUUAUCGUCACCACCAAAUCAAUUGGAAUCUUCUGGAAUAUUAAUUAAUAAUUUAACGCAUCAAUCGACAAAGCAAAUGCAAUUACAACUGAUGGACGACGCUGAUUCAUUACAAGAUUCAUACUUGAGAGAGGUUCGAUUAGAACUUAAUAACGCUACACACGUGCAACAUCCGAUAUCCCACGUAACCCAACAUCAUUCACUAUCGCUAUCUAUUCCUUCAUUGUUACAACAACAGCAACAACAGCAUAAUAAUAAUCAUAUCAUGACUCCACCUGACCAAACCGAGUCCGAGUAG